AUUCUAGCAAUUUUGAUGGCGAAGAAAAUCAAAAUCGCGCUUCAUCUUCUUUUAUUUCUGCCACUUCUACAACAAGGACUGACAAGAGCAUUCAUAGUGUGCCUACAAUAUACAGAAUGAGAACUAUGAUUCGCAACAACAAGUGGAGCCUAGUGAUAGAGCGCUCUAGUCCGUGACUCUCUUCCCUUAAGUUCUUGUAGAUGGACCAUUGUGAUCGUAGUCUGUUCCUGUAGUCCUAGUCGUGUCAUCUUCGGCUGCACAUGAUCAAUCGCAUUAUCCUCCUCAGAAGCGACGGCGACAUCACUUGCGGCAACACCACGCCCACCGCCAUCAAGCGACCCUGAGCGGAGGAACGAGUGGACGACGUCGGUUUGUAUCGAUAGUACGGAGUUUGUGCAAAAACCCGCCCGCCUAAGCGGUUUGUUCCUGUUCGCACUUAUUUUUCACGACUCGCCUUCGCAACUCCCUCGUCCAACAAGAUGAGCACAACAGCAGAUCAACAGAAGCCUGCCACGACCGGGUCAAAUGACCAAGACCCAGACGCGGCGGGGGCUUCAUCCCAGCAAGACGAGCAAAAAAACAAGCCGAAAACGGAAAACAGCGAAAUGCUGGACUUUUACGCGGUCCUCGGCGUGGACAAGUCCACUACGCCGGAGGUCAUCAAGAAGAGCUACCGAAAAUUGGUCAUCAAGUGGCACCCGGACAAACACCCCACGGAGAGGGAAAAGGCGGAUGAAAUGAUCCGAGAUAUCAACAACGCGUACGAAACACUCAGCAACCCGGCCAAGAAGCAGGCGUACUACUUAUACAACUGAUACAUUUGUUCUGUAUUUUUGUUGCAUAAAUCUGUUUUGAUCAUAAACGUGACCUGAAUCCUGAUCGAGACUACAUCUCUCUGUGACCGUGUUCUGGUGAUACUGUUGGCACAUGGUGAUUUAUGCAAGAUGAGCGCGGAUAUCAAGAACGUUUCAACGCGUCGAAAAGAAUGUCCAAAAAAAUCCUAUUUCCUCAUUCCCUCCCCACAACGAAAAAAACUACAGUUACGACGAGCAGAUCGCUGCGUUGGAGCGUAAGCGCAAUGGCGUCUCCCUCCCCACCUCCGGCAUCGCGCCGCGGAUGGCCAUCCCGAAGGAGUUCAUGCUCUGUCCGCUGGGGAAUUCGCAGAAAUUCAUCCGUUACCAGGGCAGCAACCUGUUCGUUCAGUCCCGGGAGGAUGUGAAGGCGGAAUUUCUCCCCUUUUUCGAAAAAACAAAAUUCAAUCUGUACUGGCUGCCCGAGGUGAACAACAUGUGCCGCAUCCGCCCGGCCGCGACCGCGGCGGUGGGAUUUUCCGGCGGAAUGAACCUCACCUUUAGCGAAUUGACGGAUGAGGUUCUCGAAUCCGAACUGCAGCUGACGAGCUCGCAACUCGGGAACCUGAUCAACUUCAUCGCGGUACCCUCCCCGACCAUGACCAACGCCUUCCGCUUUGAGGCCGCCUACUACCCGGGGGCGUAUUUAGCGUACAAAGAGCCCAACCAUCUGCGGGUCAUCAAACAGAUGGAAGACGCGGAGAAAACCAGCGUCGAUUUCAUGCUGGUAUAAAUUUCGAUUUUUGUAUAAAUUGCGCUGAAAUAAGUAGUGCUUCUCUACUUGUAGAUCUUGAGCCUGUAGUUGUAGUUACAAAACCAAUUUCAACAUCAUGUAGGAGCUGCCAUUAGCAUUGCCACAUGAUCUUCAUCAAAGUUAUAUGUUGGUCCACUAUCAGGUAAAAUACGACACGAUGUUCAAGUAUGUGACUAUGGAGGAGGUCCUGGUUCCCAGCAUGUAUCAAAGUGAAAAAAGCCCCCACCCCAUACGCAAAAGACAAUUUGUGUUGUUGGAUUUGUGUACACAAAUGAGCUUUGUAUUGCAGCAAGAGCUUGUCGGCAUAUUCUAAGGCCAUUUUGGACACGCAUCCGGCUUGCAGCUGCGCAUGAGAAACAAGUCUGACAUAGGCGAAAACGCAUGACAGACUGGCUGCACAAUGCGGCACAUGGGUGCCGUUUGCCUUGUACGCAAGACAAAGCUGAUUUGUGGUCACAAAUCAGCAUCACAAAUUUCCGUUUCAAUAUGGUGCGGGGGGAUUUUUCCUCGCGAUAGCAUGAAGGACCUCUCCAAGGACGAACACGGCUACGUGGAGCUCGACCGGUUGCGGACCCACGAGUCGGUUGCGAUGUACUUCCGGAACAUCCUGGGCACGUCCGUGUGGGACGUGGAGGAUUUCGAGACCUACUUCGACGCGCACUGGCAACAGUGGUACUACAGCAACGGGAAGGUGAAGCUCCGUACCCGGGACGAGCAGCUCGCCCACGCGCUGCGAAAAGCGAAGAAGGGCACCGACCUAGCGGGCCCGAUCGCCGAGGCGGAUCCAAGCGGGCUGGAAAAGCUGCACUUGGAAACUGUCGAGCGGUGCUUGAUGGUGCUGUGGAAGGAUACGGGGAGUAGUGCUAGUACUAGCGGCACAACUUCUAACGAAGCAGGAGGACCAGUAUCUACUUCUGCAACAUCUACCUCCAGCAGCGACAACAUUCAGUACGCGGUGGACAAACUGACGGCGCAGAAGAAAUUACUCACCGCUCUGCCGAUGAUCGUUGACAGCUGCUUCCACGAUCCGAGUUUGGAGUUGCACCGGUUUGUCACCCUCGAUUUACUGAUCAACAGCAUCGAGGAUAAGAACCUGAGUCAGGCGAAACUGAAAGUGCGGGAGAAGCUCGCGGAGCUGUUUGCGAAAAAGCUAGACGGGGCGUAUCAAGCGUUUUCGAACGGCAGUAGUGACACGGUGUCGACCACCUUGCUCAAGUACUGGCGGAUUGCGAGCAUUGAGGAGCUGGAAGUGCUGCUCACUCUGCCAUUGAAGGCCGCGGACGUGGACACGCAGUUGAGCGUGUUGUGCGCGGACGCGAUUAGUGGCAGCUCGACGGAAAAGCUACUAGGGGUGGUGAAAACCGCAAGGAAAAUGGAGAUGCCGCUCUUUGUCGAGACGGUCGGCCGGGCGCUGCUGCAGAAGCUUCCCAAAGAAACGCUAAGCCCGAAAAAGCGAGACAUCCUGCUCUGCGUGGCUGAGGUACUUUAUACGAUGGAUGUUUGCUUUUCACCCGAUGAAUAAUGAAUUUGGACUUCAAUUUUUUGCACGAUCGAAACUAAUGCUAAUCUUUUCUUUGACUACUUCGAGUUCGAUUUUGUGCAUAAUCGAUGAUAAAAUUGAAAAUAAACAUCUCCACGAAACUACUACCCUUGACAGAUCCCCACCCUAGUCGACGCUUGCAUCGUGGAGUUUUCACGUGGCCAGCUGCAUAAGGACGAUUUUGCCGAAGUCCUUGCCCUGGGGGUCGCCGCCCACCUGGAUCGCGAAACGGCGCCCGAGGAAGCGACGGCAAAUAUUCUGAACGACGUCUCACCCUUCCUUGCCACGCCGCCCGCGCUGAUUCACCUGGCGCAGGCCGCCAGCCAGUCGGUGCGGUUAAGUCGGGUACGGUUAACCGACAUCGCGAAAGCGGCACCAAUGCACAUCAAAAGCACGCUGAAGACCAACGAGGUGAGUCAGCUCCUGUUCCUUCUGGCCAAGGCCUUCGCGCGGUUGGCGACCGACCCGGAGAGUGAGGCGCUGUUGGACACGGAGGUGCGACCGCAUUUGACAAGCGCGUUCGUGACCGCGUUUGGGAAAGUCAAAGUCGCCGACUUUUCAUCGGGAAAGUACUUGAGAUUACGGUUUUUUUGGCUUGAUUAUUUAUCAUUCCUUCUUGCGCCGCUGGAUGAAGUAGAACAAACAAGUCAAGAAGAACGUCGUCGCCUUUAUGAUAGGCUUAUAGCUUUUUUUGUGUGAAUUCUUUGCCUUGUUCCCUCAAAAAAAUCUGUCACGACCAUCAAAAACAUCUAGCACUACCUCUAACCUUCCUCCUCACUCCUCUCAGGGACCUGACCAAGGUGCUGCUCGCUUGCAACAGUGUUUGUGGCGCGCUUUCCCUGGACGACAUGCCCCUGGAAGUGGUGCAAUUUUUCGAGGCCGCCAGCCAGGACGUGCAAAACCGGGUUUCGUCCCUACCGCUUCCGCAGCUCCUUUGCUACACGGAAGGGCUUUUGUCUUCCACGAUAAACUUCCAAAUGCGGUCCGCGGAUCUGCGCAAUAUGAACUGCAAAAGUAUCGUACUAGUAGUAACUGCAAUACAAAUUACGAUUACCUCAAAAUGAUAAUUGGAAUUUGUGAUGCUGUUUUGCCUUGGGAUGGAGAUUUGUAAUGCAUGACUGCGAUAAUUACUACGAGUGCGAUACUUUUGCACAGAAUACGCAAGGAAUUGAACCAAUUGCUGGCGUUCUGGGACCAGAUGCUGACGGAGAUGAAAUCCAGCUGGUCUUUGCUGCAGGAGGAAGACAGGAAGGAACGGAAGGCGGACAAGGACCAACAAGUUGACGAAGUUACGAGGAAGCGGUUGGAACUCGAGCGGGAGCAGAACCAGCUGUCCAUGAAGCAAAUGCUGGAACUCGGUAUGAUCGUGGGAAACUUUCUCCAGGACGAGCAACUGCAGCGACAGGAAAGUAUGAACAUUAACGACAAAAACCAAAACGACAACUCCUCCGCCGAGGAUGGGACCACCUCCAACGAGAUACCCCAGGUGGAAAAAUCUUUCUGGAAGACGUUGACCAAAAAGCUACUUCGGCGACUGGGGAAACACAACUACGAACUGCUCCUCCAGAAAGAGUCCGAGAUGUUUCUCCCCGCAGUGAUUGCGCCGUGGCCGACGCGGUUCAAGGAGCAGGUCGAGGAGCGCGUGAGGAAAAUUCAGGAGGCGGUGAGUAGAAGCGAGCGGGAAAAGGAGCGGGAGAGGGAGCGGGAGCGGGACCGGGAGGCGCGACGGGGAGGGGGUCGUAGGGACGACCGUAGUACCCCAGAAAACAAGACCGGAGAAAAUAAACGUUCAACGGACGAGGAACAAGGCGAAGAUGAAGUUCUUGUCGAACGACCACGAGACAUGAAGGAGAAAGAACGAAGAAAUCAAGACCGCGAUCGGGAACAAAGAGAGAACAAGAACCGCGAUAGAAGGUCGCCACGAGCAGGUGGAGAGAACCACGACCGGGAAAGACCACGUGCCCCUUCGCGAUCUCGGCGCGACGAUCGGCGUGACAGGGACCGGGAAAGACGGGGUGGUCGGGGUGACGCUGCUGAAGACCGGAGAUCUCGUCCACGAAGUAGGGACGAAAAGGACAACAAGCGUCGGGGCGGAGGUGAUAAGGUUUCCCCUCGUGAAGAAAGACGAGAGCGAGCAGACAGGCGAGACCGGCGGUCGACACAGGACAGGCCAGAUGAAAUAGUAAGCGGUGGAGAGGACGAAAAGGACAGAAACACGACAACCUCCAAACGAGAACGCCGAGACAAGAGCAGUAGAAGGAAUAACGGCACCAGAUCAGAGCGGGACCGUGGCCGAACUAGAGGCGGCUCAGCCGACGAAAAUAAAGACAACGACGACGACGAGAUAGAGGACGUUACGAACCGACGAGACCGCGAUCGGGAGCGAGGGCGUCGUCGGCAAGACCGAAGCGAUGACGAUGAGGAGCUCGUGGAGGCAUCUUCCAGGCCCGCUAAGAAAAAGCGACGAUAGAAAAGUUCAUCCAGGCUUCAUCGAAAAUUAUGGCCGCCUUGUUUCAUCUGGAAUUAUAUGAAAGUAGCGGAAACAAGAAACAGCGAAUAAGAAUAAAGAGAACCAGCAAGAGCAGGUAGUGAUCAUAACAACAAAAUAAGUAAAACCUCUUCAUCAACAUACAACUACUUAUCGUCUGGCGACUCACCGAAAUUACUACAACAGCGUGCUAUGUGUUCCUCUGCGCGAGGAGUCCUCGCACCGUAAUAGUACAACAAGCAGUUAUGACUCGCACCACAUGGAUGCGUGCCAGUGCGCAAAGAGCAUUAAUAUCUUCAAAAAAACCGUCACCACCCACGGUGCGAAUCGACCGAAAAAUUUCGAUUGCGAAUGGUGC